AAUUUAAUAUUCAUCUUACAGAACUAUCGUUUGGAUUUCAAUUUUGUCUCCAACAGAUGGCAGGGUUCUGCUGCCACCGUGGUGGAACAUUUAAAUCGUACUGUGCAAGGCACCCUAUGGGAAAUUGACUUAACAAAUAUGGAUGACAUAGACAAUCAAGAAGGUGUCCAUCUAAACAUCUACAAACCCUUAAGUGUUCCUGUACGCCAGUUAAGUAAUAACAAAACUCUAACAGCUCGUGUUUAUCUUUUAGUUAAACAGCCUGUUACUGACCUAGAAGAAUUGGAACGUGAUUCCAUACCCCUAGAAAGACAACCUUCAAAAACAUAUCUACAGUGUUUGGUUAAAGGUGCCAUAGAGUCGGGCAUUGAAGAACACUACAUUAAGUGGUUAAAAUCUAUUAAGCAUAAUGGUAAAGUGGCGGAGCAAUUAGAAAAUGAUUUGGAAUUAAAAGAUGUUGAAUUAGAUUCUUAAGAUAAGAAAGAAAAUAAAGUAAUAGAAUUUA